AUGCAUGGUUCUCACAGGAUUAAUUUACUUCAAUUAUGUCAACAUGAAAAUAUUAUUCGAUUUUAUGGUUCUGUAGAAUCUGCUACAAAUCAUCAAAUAUAUCUUGAAUAUGUUGCUGGUGGUUCACUAUUGAACAAAAUUGGAUGUGAUGGUAGUCUUCGAGAAGGUGUUGCACAACAUUAUUUCAAACAACUUAUUACUGAAAUGGCUUAUAUCCAUAGUCUUGGUGUUGUACAUAGAGAUCUUAAACCACAGAAUAUUCUUAUCGGACAUAGUAAUCUGAUCAAAAUAAUCGAUUUUGGAUUGGCGAGUUUGUUUCGAAAUGAAACAACUCAUGACGAAAAAUUAUUGACGACCUAUUAUGGCACAAGAUCUUAUAUGUCACCGCAGGUUUACUCUCGAUUACCCUAUCGGGGUGAACCUGCUGAUAUAUGGUCUUCUGCCAUUAUUCUAAUAUUUAUGUUGGUCGGAAAUUUACCGUGGACCGAAGCAUCUCAUAAAGAUCGUAAUUGUCAACUAUGGUUCCAUGGUCGAUAUAACAAUCAUUCAUGGAAAAAUAUACAAAAUACUAUAUUUGAUCUUCUUCGUCAGCUGUUAAUCUAUGAUCCUGAACAACGUGCAACAAUAAACAAAAAAAGAUAUGAUCUAUAUUUAGAUGAACGUAUUAAAGAAGUUUUUAUAGAAUUUUCGAAUUCAAAUUCACCAUCGUCAUAUUAA